AGUGCUAGGACUUUUUUGUGUCGGGAGUGCAGUGCGGUGCCGGGGGGGCUCUGUGAGCAGCGAGAAUACGAAGAAAAAAGUGCUCUGCCGCUAUCUUUGGCGAUUCGUCGCGGCCGAGCAGGCAAGCCAGGCACCCCCGCAUCUAAGGCCGAGUGGACAGAACCCGGCGAGCGACCGACUGCCCCCGCCCGCGCACCGCAGCAAGCGAACCGGAGCGAUACCAGCGCAGUAAGCAGAGAUGGCCCUGAAAAGAAUAAAAAAGGAGCUCGAAGACCUGAAGCGCGACCCGCCGGCUCAGUGUUCGGCCGGCCCCGUGAACGACGACUUGUUCCACUGGCAGGCGACGAUCAUGGGACCUCCCGACAGUCCGUACCAGGGCGGCGUUUUCUUCCUGACCAUCCACUUUCCGACGGACUACCCGUUCAAGCCGCCCAAGGUGGCGUUCACGACGCGCAUCUACCACCCGAACAUCAACAGCAACGGCAGCAUCUGCCUCGACAUCCUGCGCUCGCAGUGGUCACCGGCGUUGACCAUCUCCAAAGUGCUGCUGUCCAUCUGCUCGCUACUCUGCGACCCGAACCCGGACGACCCGUUGGUGCCCGAGAUUGCACGCUCCUACAAGACCGAUCGCGAAAAGUACAACGAACUGGCCCGGGAGUGGACGCGCAAAUAUGCCAUGUGACCCGCCGAUCACCUGCUUGCUGGCUUUGCUGCUCAGAGAGACUUUGUACAAACCCCAGGCAGCGGCUACGGGAAGAAGGCGAGCGCUUUUUGAGAGGAGCCGAGGAGAAAAAAAAGCCGGAUGGAAAAGCAGCAGCACAGCAGUGGCUUUGUACCAAGGGUGGGCGAGGCAAAAUAUACACACACAGAAAGAAGAAGAAGAAAAAAAAAGUGUCCGAAAUCGCGGGGCAGAGAGAAAAACGCUGCUGCCGACGCUGUUAGGCCUAACUCAAAUUUAGCACUCCCCUUCUUCAGCUGCUCGUAAUAUUAUUUUUCUUCUCUCUCUCUCUCCCCUUACUCUCUUUCUCGGGUCGUCACACUCUCUUAGAAAAAAAGAACGUCACCUUCGCCAAAACGGCCCCGUAGAAGUCAAAAGCCCAUCCUUUUUAUCUUCAUUUCUAUUAUGCCCGCACGGCUGACCCAAACGCGCUCUUUAUCAUCAAAACUGCGUCGAAACUCCCCAUCUUCACAGUUUCGUUUGUUGUUUCGGGCCUUGGUCUGUUUUAACUUGGUACAUGCGGCGUUAUGCUUGCCUACCUUGCGAAAAAUCGGUGAACUGCCCGCGUUUUAGAAGCAUUGGAAUUGAUUCACACCACCCUUAACAAAUUGUCGCCGAAUGAGUGGCCCGCGUUCUCUUUUUCUUUUCCCCACGCCCCGGUACUUUGUACGCGAGUUAUAUUUCCCAGCGUUUUUUCCUAGGAACCCGAGUUGUGUGUGUUUUCUCAAAAAGACACAUUUUGUUCUCUUAGGACAUUGUAUUUUUGCUCAUUUUGUUUCGUGUGCAUGCACUGUUCUCACUGCCCGACAUGUUGCCUAGAAUUUUUUCUCGAAAUUUUUUUUGCUUUGUCUCUAGAAGUGAUACCGAGCUCUGUGUCCAACCGACGUUACCAGCGAGUGCGACGGUGACAGUGCUUUGUUCCGCGCUUUUUUCUUUUUUUUUCUGGAAAAAAGAAAAUGGGCCGUCAAGAUUGCAGUAGUGUGUCGUCACAUCUCUGCUUGUCAGACGUGUAAACUUCUUGGAGCGUCCCAGCCGUAUUCUCCCAAUUCCCGCUGCCACUCUACGACCCCGGUUCCGAAGCCAGCCGUCCCAUUUCCCGCACCACUGACAGCAUCAUUGAUUCGGCAACGCUUGUUUUACUUGCCUCUCUGGCUGCGUCUUCGAGGCAGUCGUAAACCUGUUCUCUUGUCUUUUUUUUUUAAUUACUUACAUAAGUGCUGGAUUAUUAAAGUAUUUUGUGUGUGAGGUAC